AGGCUGUUGCCGCUUCCUGUUUGGACUAGGAGCCCCGUGGUCGCAAAUUGCGAGAAUUUGGGAAGGGAGUCUUUAUCUUCUUGUCUAGUUCUCCGAGGUUGAAGGCUCGGCCUGCUCAGAGAAGGAAACUGAGGUCCACCGAGUUGGAGAAGCCCACUCAACACCAGGACUAACUUCUUCAGUGCUUAGAGUGUGAGAAAAAUGGCAAAUAUGAAUAGUGAUUCUAGGCAUCUUGGCACCGCUAAGGUAGAUCAUGAAAGAGAUCCUGGACCUAUGAAUAUCCAGUUUGAGCCAUCAGAUCUAAGAUCCAAAAGGCCUUUCUAUAUAGAGCCCACAAACAUCGUGAAUGUGAAUCAUGUCAUUCAGAGGGUUAGUGACCAUGCCUCCGCCAUGAACAAGAGAAUUCAUUACUACAGCCGGCUCACCACUCCUGCAGACAAGGCACUGAUUGCCCCAGACCAUGUAGUUCCAGCUCCAGAAGAGUGCUAUGUAUAUAGUCCAUUGGGCUCUGCUUAUAAACUUCAAAGUUACACGGAAGGAUACGGUAAAAACACCAGUUUAGUAACCAUUUUUAUGAUUUGGAAUACCAUGAUGGGAACAUCUAUACUAAGCAUUCCUUGGGGCAUAAAACAGGCUGGAUUUACUACUGGAAUGUGUGUCAUCAUAUUGAUGGGCCUUUUAACACUUUAUUGCUGCUACAGAGUAGUGAAAUCACGGACUAUGAUGUCUUCGUUGGAUACCACUACCUGGGAAUAUCCAGAUGUCUGCAGACAUUAUUUCGGCUCCUUUGGGCAGUGGUCAAGUCUCCUUUUCUCCUUGGUGUCUCUCAUUGGAGCAAUGAUAGUUUAUUGGGUGCUUAUGUCAAAUUUUCUUUUUAAUACUGGAAAGUUUAUUUUUAAUUUUAUUCAUCACAUUAAUGACACAGACACUAUACUGAGUACCAAUAAUAGCAACCCUGUGAUUUGUCCAAGUGCCGGGAGUGGAGGCCAUCCUGACAACACCUCUAUGAUUUUCUAUGCCAAUGACACAGGAGCCCAACAGUUUGAAAAGUGGUGGGAUAAGUCCAGGACAGUGCCCUUUUAUCUUGUAGGGCUCCUCCUUCCACUGCUCAAUUUCAAGUCUCCUUCUUUUUUUUCAAAAUUUAAUAUCCUAGGCACAGUAUCUGUCCUUUAUUUGAUUUUCCUUGUCACCUUUAAGGCUGUUCGCUUGGGAUUUCAUUUGGAAUUUCAUUGGUUUAUACCAACAGAAUUUUUUGUACCAGAGAUAAGAUUUCAGUUUCCACAGCUGACUGGAGUGCUUACCCUUGCUUUUUUUAUUCAUAAUUGUAUCAUCACACUCUUGAAGAACAACAAGAAACAAGAAAACAAUGUGAGGGACUUGUGCAUUGCUUAUAUGCUGGUGACAUUAACUUAUCUCUAUAUUGGAGUCCUGGUUUUUGCUUCAUUCCCUUCACCACCAUUAUCCAAAGAUUGUAUUGAGCAGAAUUUUUUAGACAACUUCCCUAGCAGUGACACCCUGUCCUUCAUUGCAAGGAUAUUCCUGCUGUUCCAGAUGAUGACUGUAUACCCACUCUUAGGCUACCUGGCUCGUGUCCAGCUUUUGGGCCAUAUCUUCGGUGACAUUUAUCCUAGCAUUUUCCACGUGCUGAUUCUUAAUCUAAUUAUUGUGGGAGCUGGAGUGAUCAUGGCCUGUUUCUACCCAAACAUAGGAGGGAUCAUAAGAUAUUCAGGAGCAGCAUGUGGCCUGGCCUUUGUAUUCAUAUACCCAUCUCUCAUCUAUAUAAUUUCCCUCCACCAAGAAGAGCGUCUGACAUGGCCUAAAUUAAUCUUCCACGUUUUCAUCAUCAUUUUGGGCGUGGCUAACCUGAUUGUUCAGUUUUUUAUGUGAAAUACCUCAACUGUUUUUUUCAAGAGCUCAUGAUAUUUUGAGCCUUGACAACAGUUCUAUAUAAAUUCACUUGUAAAUGCUGCUGUUGCGUAAUUCUAAAUAUUUUCUAAGAUAAUUUGAAAGCAAGGGAAAAAGUGGCCCCUUAAUAAGUAUUUUUUUAUUGGGGUGGGGAAAGGGGCAAAAAGAAUGAUCUUAGUGUUUACCUUUCUCAUAUUAACUCGCCUCUUUAUUCUGUGGUCUUUUCUGAAUAGAAAUGUAUGCCCUAGGAAGAAAUCAUGCUGGGUUUUGCUUUUAGAGAUAAAUGGUGGUGGAUUUAUUUUGCCUGCAGUAAAGAUUCUCAGGGUGUCAGAGCAGCAUAUUGCCAAAUCCUGCUUCUGUUUUUUGUUUCAGUGCAUUCACUUUCAUUUUCUUACUCACUAGACCAUUUCUGCAGUUUGCCCAAACCUCUACUGUUUGGGACAGUAAGCCAAAUACCUCAUUUUUAAAAAGAAGUUUUCAUGGCAUCAGUGUUAAUAAAGUACAUUUUUAACUGAGUCUUAAUCUCUAUUUGAAGAAAAAGUAGAGACAAAAGUAAUGUCAAUGUAAUCCCCAGGAUCAUGAAAUGUAUACAAAAUAAAUAAAGUAGGAGAGUUUGUUGCUG